GGGGAUGAUUCGGCAACGGCCGUCGGCCCUUUCUUGCGGACCACUAUCACAGAAAUCUCUGACUACCGUUCACAUCCUCUAAAGAGCCUCAUCUCAAAAUUCACUAAAUUAUCAAAGCUUCCACCGCCGCCGCCCUUUAUGCUACCGCCGGGGCUCUCUGAAGCAGUUAGUAAAUAUCUUUGUGUCGAUGACCUCAAAAAUUUCCGAGCAUGUUGUAGACGGAUGAACGAUGCAUCCGCGGCAGUUUUCUUUUCUUGUCUUGUAGUUGACGUGGUCUGUCGAGGAUAUCGGACGACAGUCGAAAUGCUUCAAGCUCUGGCCAAUGCGCAUCCUGCAGCUACGCACGUCCGUCAUCUCAAGAUACUAUCGUUGAGUGACCAGUGCAUCGCGUACGCAAGGGAUUACACCGACUUUGACCUGAAACCUCGUCAAGAGUGUCCGACUCGUAUCUCACCUUCCGAGACGACGAUGUUCAAGCGAGCAUUGCAAACUGCAUUGCCAAUUGCCAUGGCUGCGCUAAGCGGCUUAAAUUCUCUAAUAAUAUACACUUGCGGUCAAGACCCACAAGGGGCUGUCAACGUACUUGUCAACUCUGCUGUUACCUAUAGAAGCUUAGAGAAAUUCUCCCAUCUCACAUCCGCCGAGCAGGCAAAUCUCCGACCGUUCAUCACCCAGAAUGUUACGAACCUCCGCAAGCUCUCGUUGUCUUAUUGGAUAGAUCGUCGCAGUCCUUUGGUUCCAAUCCUUGUCCAAAUCAUAAGUAGGAAUCUGGCGCUUUCCUGCCUGGAGCUCGAUAAUGGGGCCAAUGACAAAUCCAAUGAAUCUUUCAACGCACUAUUAUCCGGAAUACCAGACGACGUUUCACUACCACUUUCACGCCUUGUCUUGGGAUCAUUUGAUGUUACCAUCGAUGAUAGGCUGAUGGAGCAUUUUCGUUCCCUCACGGAGCUGCGACUAGGGGAAGCUACUUCCUUUGUUGUCAACGACAGAAAACAUAUUCCGGAUAUCUGGACUACUCUUCAGGCCAAGUCAAUAUGUCUGAAGAGCAUCUCAAUCCCUAGUUCGCAUGUAUCCUUUUCAUUGGAUGGACUAGAACUCCAGCAUUUCGAGCGUCCUAUCCAGAACCAUACGGCCUCCCAGUACGAGAUUGCGCUUGCAGAAGAGCUCUUUUCUUCAAUCAUUCCAAAGCAUGCUGCGUCUCUCAAUACACUGAUGAUAUUCUCCCAUCUGGAGCGUCCGUGGCAAUUCUCUGUAGCGCGUUCUGCCGUCCUCGCGCAAUGCCGCUCCCUAAUUAGGCUUGGUGUGGGUAUGGAGCGAGGUGUGCUACAGCAGCGAAACCGUAGAGUUAGGUCUUUUUUCGGAGCGGAGAUAUCUGUGCCUAUUCUCGAGCCAGCGGCGAAUACUCACAACAUUGUCCGGGAUAUGGAGUCUCUCGUUCGCAUGGCAGAAACUCUACCCUCGUUGGAAGGACUCUGGAUUUCCAUGGAAAGUAUAACGCUAGAAAGUAUGGGCGUCGAUGAUGAGGAUGAAAUUGAGUAUAACGACGAUUUCCCGGAUCAUUAUGCUGCUCUUCACUAUGGACUGGACAGGCAUGUCUUCGUGGCACAGGACGGUGCAUGGACUCGAAAAGCCAAUGGACCAUCGAGAGGAAAUGAUACCAAGUAUUCGGACAGUGCGGCCCUAUACUGGGGUUCUACAGAGGGGAUGUUAUCUCGUGGUCACUCGUGGUGAAAUGAUAAAUGAGCAAUAUGGUUGCAUCUUAUAGGAUCUGCCAUUGUAUUCUAGCAACGGAAAUACUGCUUAUAUGUCAAGGGCUCGGGGAAACUUCACCGCUAACGUUUACAAUCAAGCCGCGGGCACAGCAGCUUUUCAAAUGAAUAUUGUUCCCGUUGGUGGCGAUUUAGUUUUCACUGUAUGCCCUCUCUAUCAACGAUCAGCUGCAAGGACAAUAUAAGCACGUCGUUCGUAUAGAGCGGGACAGCGCGCAUAAUACAUCCCGUCACGUCAAUUUCCGCCUGGCUCCAUUUGUGCGGCUGCCGUGUGGCGAGGGAGCAGCCGGCUUCAUUGACUUUCAUUUCGUUUCUGACACUCACACGACAGGUAUCACUC